AUGCUGUUCAUCCUAUUUCUUUCUUUGUUGACUACUUCAGCGACCGCCAAAGAGAAGGACAGCGCCCUCCCCAGGCUCACUGAUGCCAGUGCAGCUCAAGCAUUCAUUGACUCUGCUGAAGUGGUGGUGAUUGGGUUCUUCCAGGGUGAGGACAGUUUUGGCUAUAAGGAGUUUUUGGAGGCAGCAUCUGAAGUAAGCCCUCUCCCAGUGGCCCUGUGUACUGAGAGGGAUGUGUGGGCGGCAUAUGACAUUACCUCUGAUACCAUCUCCAUCUUUAGAAAGGCAGACCUGCACCAGGAGAACCUGCCUCUCUCUGAGUCAAAGAAGUUGGACAGUGAAGGACUGACUCGUUUCUUCCGUAUCAAUGAACUCCGCUACAUCACUGAGUACAACGCUGUGACUGCUGUUGGCCUGUUUAACUCUGAAGUGAAGACACACCUGCUCCUCUUCGCCAACAGAGGGAGCGCUGACUUCACCAAGCUCAAAGACAGGCUGGGGGCUCUUGCCCCAGAAUACAGUGGCAAGUUCCUGUUUGUACUGGUAAAUGGUGCUUUGCAAUCCAAUGCCCGCUCCCUGGGUUAUUUUGGACUGAAGUCACGUGACCUCCCAAGAGUGGGCAUCUAUGAUGGUGACUCGGACAGGAAGUGGCUGCUGCCCUCAGGGGAGAUCUCCACAGAGCGAGUGAAGGAGUUCUGUGACUCCUUUCUUCAGGGGACACUACAGAUCUCCUAG